AUAAAUUGCUUGCUGCGGUGCAGUUAUUAAUUUUCGUUCCGCUUGUUUUAAUGGUUCGGCAUUUUGAAGUGCAUUGGAGUUAGUUUUGAGUAGGGAAAGGUAGUUAGUGGUUGAUGCAGUUUGAUUUUGGCGCUAACGCUGUGCUGCUUGCAGGUGCCCGGCGCGUCAAGACGGAGGCAGAGCAGUGUGGCAGCCCCCCAGCAGGAGGAGCGCGGUGUGGCCUCAGCGCCCCGGGCGCUGGACAGGACGACUCGGACGGUGUCUGGCGCGUCAAGAAGGAAGCGGAGCAGUGCGGCAGCCCUCCUGCUGGAGGACCACAGUGCGGACGCAGCGUCGCGGGCCCAGGACAGGCUGACCCGGACGGUGCCUGGCGCGUCAAGGUGGAGGCAGAGCAGUGCGACAGCCCUCCUGUAGGUGGAUGCAGCGCAGCCGUUCGUCCCCUAGGACAAGACGACUCGGACGGUGCCCGGCGCGUCGAGACGGAGGCAGAGCAGUGCGGCAGCCCUGCUGCAGGAGCACCGCGGCGUGGACGCAGCGCCGCGACCUCGGGGCAAGGCGGCAAGGACGGGUUGGAGGCUGAGGAGCCGUGGCUGCACAUCGACGCCACCUUCUCGCUCGCCUCUGGAGUCGGCCACGCCAAGCAGGACUCCGCGGCCAGCGGCACGGCUGGGGACGGAGGGGCGGACCGCGCUGUCGCCUCGCAGUGUGCGGAGCGUGGAGCGGCCUUGGAUGCCGAGGCGGGCCUGGAGAAGCACCUCGCAGCGCGCGGCAAGCGGCACGCCUGCCAACACUGCGGCAAGAAGUUCAAGAGGGCGACCGAUCUUGAAGAGCAUUCAAGGACUCACUCUAGGGAGAAGCCUUUCCAGUGCAAAGUGUGUGGGAAGAAUUUUACGCUUUCGGGCAAUUUGACCAAGCAUGAAAGGAUCCACACUGGGGAGAAGCCUUUUCAGUGCAAAGUGUGUGGAAAGAAGUUUUCGGAGUCAUGCAAUUUGAUCAAGCAUGGAAGGAUCCACACUGGGGAGAAGCCUUUCCAGUGUGAGGUGUGUGGAAAGAAAUUUACUCAAUCAGGUGAUUUGACCAAGCAUGAAAGGAUUCACACUGGGGACAAGCCUUUCCAGUGUAAUGUUUGUGGGAAGGAGUUUACGCAAUCAGGCUCUUUGUCCAGGCAUGAAAUGAUCCACACCGGAGAGAAGCCCUUCCAGUGCAAAGUGUGUGAAAUGAAGUUUACCCAAUCAUGCGAUUUGAAGGCACACGAAAGAACCCACACCGGGGAGAAGCCUUUUCAGUGCCAAGUGUGCGAGAAGCGGUUCAACCAGAGGCCUCAUCUUGCCGCGCACAGCAAGACCCACGCUAAGAAGAAGCCAGUUCAAUCCUAAUGCACGUAGUUUUUGUAUGCGUUUGGACGUUUGCCCAUGCGGCCUGCCUCGUAAGGCGCAAAGGUGUCCAAGCUUCUGGAAGUUCAUUCCAAGGACAGAAUUUUCGGUACAAAUAUUGUAGGUGUAAAUUCUAUCCAUCCCAAAUAGAGGUCAUAUGAUUGCGCCUCUGAGUUGUGUUUAAGCACACAUUGAAGUCUCAAGUUUUUUUUUGUUACGAGCUAGACUCAGUUAAUUUCUUCUUAAAACUAAAUAUUUUUCACAAAUUUUUGUGACUGUUUUUUUUCUUACUGUAUUUGGUUAUCAAAAUGUUUUUGCCCUGUAUACUUACAGAAUGUUUUGACCUGUUUUAUGUUAAUCACGGACUGGCUGGGUUGAAAUAUUUUGUCUUUUCUUUGUUGUCUGUUGAUUGUACCGGGAUGCUAAAGCUUUGUCCUUUUUUUUUGGGUGAUUUUUGGUCAAAUAAAAUUUCUGUUCGUGUCUAGUU